AUGUCUCAACUCAGUCAAGCAGCUAAGCUCAAGGAAGAAGGGAAUGCGUUAUUUGUCAAGAAAAACUACGCUUCUGCCAUUGUCAAGUACACUAAAGCCAUCGCACUCGACGACAAAAACGCAGUUCUCUACGCAAAUCGCUCUGCUUGCCACCAUUCAUUGAAAAGGCACUUGGAUUCUCUUGGAGAUGCCCGGAUCGCAACAGAGUUAGACCCAGCGUAUUCGAAGGCAUGGGGAAGGUUGGCAAGCGCCUACAGCAUGAGCCUUGCCAACAGGAAUCAUAUUGUCGGGCAGCAACAAGACAGUGUGAAUGCGUAUCAGAGGGCCCUAGAUACCUUACCGAAGGACAAUCUUACACCAGCAGAAAUCAAGCAGAAAUCGCAGUACGAGGAUGGACUGAAGAAGGCUCAGGAGCUUUUAAAUACGCCUCGCCGACCGAUGGAGAGCAAUCCUUUGGCUCUUAAAGUGGAUGCAACACUGAAGGUCAUGCCGUGGGACGCAGCCAAUGACAUUGUUCCAGAGCUAGCGGCACAGAAUCUAUCUGAUAGCAGUGCUUGGGGCAUCCAUUCUGCGUACUCGGAAUACAAAGAAGGAGUCGAUACCAUGAAGAAUACCAGACGCGCCGUCCAACGCGAUGGAAAGAUGAUGGUCAUGGUUGAUAGCGGAGCGUUGAAAUGCCUCACAAACGCUAUCAUUCAGGAUGAGAGAGUUUUUCAUAUGGACAGUUCCAACUGGCUGCAAAAAUUUGAAGACCAAGUGAAGUUGGAAGUGUCAUUUCAUCAGCCUUGGGUAAAUGUUGGACCCGAUGUCAUUAUGAGAGAAGCACCUUUGCGUCUACAGAAUGGAGGGAGUUGGAACAGACUCAGACCAAGUCUUGCUAUUACCAUUAGACUAUGGAUUAUGCGUGGGUCUCUGGGGGAAAAACUCAAGCACGAUUGCGCCAUGAAGGUAGAGUACCUCAGCCGUACUCUGGAAAUAUUGGAAUGGGGCCGCAAAACUUGGAGUCGAGUUCCCAAGGCAAACCGUGGUGCCAUUUUCGAGGAGACUUUUAUUCAUGGGGUUCGAAAUAUGUAUCUCUCCGCACUUAUGGAGCGUUUUCAGCAAAGCCCAUCUAAUGAGAUUCUCGAAAAGUUAUAUGAAGAAGCAGAACUGCUAAUCAAGAAUGUUGAUAACGACACCACCACUUUCUCGCAUCCACCACCCGUCAUGUGGUCGUUCUUUAGGAACUGCUCGGGCAACGCCAAUGCAUCAAAGGGAUUCUAUCAUAGCGCUCUGGCGCGUAUUGAACCAGACGAUGAAAAACAGCAUUUUCAACUCGCUGGUGAAUUCUGUGUCAAAGCCGCAGACGGAUAUGCAACCGACGAUGAAAAACACACGUGGUACUUGCAUUGCGCACUGAUGUAUAUGGAAGCAGUCGGAGCACCUACUCCGGACUCGUUGGACAUCCUUUUGCGCAUUCGUGAAUCCCUUCCUAAGAUGCAGAGAAUAUGGGGUCGUAAUCCUGCUCGGAAUCCAGAGCGCGCAUCACUUUAUGCAAAGGACUUAGAACUUGAAGCGAAGUUAUUGCAGAAGGUCUAG